GGGUGAAGGUCGGUAGCCGUCUGUUACUGCUGGAGAGGGGCAGCAUCGCUGAGAAGGUCGCAUCUGCAAGACAGGAACACAGGGUUCCCCUCCGAUGGAAGCUGGAGCAGACCGGAGAGCUACAGGGCACCCGGCCAGCAGGCCCAGCAGGACACCCGUCCUCGUCACCCGUGGUGGACACCGUGUAUGGCAAAGUCCUGGGGAAGUACGUCAGCCUGGAGGGAUCUGCCCAGCCUGUGGCCGUUUUCCUGGGGGUCCCUUUUGCCAAGCCCCCUCUGGGAUCCCUGAGGUUUGCUCCGCCGCAGCCUGCAGAGCCCUGGAGCUCCGUGAAGAACACCACCUCCUACCCUCCUAUGUGUUCCCAAAUCACGGGAGCAGGGCCUGUGCUGUCCGAGGUCUUCACCAACAGACUGGAAGGCAUCCCUCUGGAGUAUUCUGAAGACUGUCUUUACCUGAAUAUUUACUCCCCCGUUGACCUGAUGACCAAAAGCCGGCUGCCAGUGAUGGUGUGGAUCCAUGGAGGUGGCUUACUGUCGGGCGGGGCAUCCACCUUUGACGGGCUGGUCCUCUCUACCCAUGAGAACGUGGUGGUGGUGACCAUCCAGUACCGCCUGGGUAUCUGGGGGUUCUUCAGCACAGGAGACAAACACAGUCCAGGGAACUGGGGCCACCUGGACCAGGUGGCUGCUCUGCGCUGGGUCCAGGACAACAUUGCCAACUUUGGAGGGAACCCGGGCUCUGUGACCAUCUUUGGAGAGUCAGCAGGAGGAGAAAGCGUCUCUGUUCUUGUGUUGUCUCCCCUGGCCAAGAACCUUUUCCACCGGGCCAUCUCCGAGAGCGGCGUGGUUCUCACCCCGUGCCUGUUCAGGAAGGACACCAGGCCUGGGGCUGAGCAAGUUGCUCUUGCGACUGGGUGUGAGACCACCAGCUCAGCUGCCAUGGUUCAGUGCCUGCGCCAGAAGACAGAGGAGGAGCUCUUGGAGACCACCCUGAAAAUGAAGUUCUUUAGUCUUGAUUUAUUCGAAGACCCCAGAAAGCGGUACCCCGUCCUCACAACUGUAGUUGACGGAGUUGUGCUGCCCAAGGCCCCUGAAGAGAUUCUGGCUGAGAAGAAUUUCAACACGGUCCCCUACAUCUUGGGCAUCAACAAGCAAGAGUUCGGCUGGUAUAUUCCAACGAUGAUGGGCUUUCCACUCUCUGAAGACACACUAGACCAGCGGACGGCCACGGCCCUCUUGUGGAAGUCCUACCCACUCGUCAACAUCUCUGAGGCGUUGACAACAGAGGCCACUGAGGAGUAUUUAGGACAGACGGAUGACCCUGUCAAAAAGAAAGAACUGUUCCUGGACUUGAUGGGAGAUGUCAUGUUUUGUGUCCCUUCUGUGAUUGUGGCCCGUGGCCACAGAGGUGCCGGAGCUCCCACCUACAUGUACCAGUUUCAGUAUCGCCCGAGCUUCGCAUCGGACGUGAGACCCAAGAUGGUGAUAGCAGACCAUGGAGACGAUGUCUACUCUGUCUUUGGGAUCCCAUUUUUAAAAGAGGGAGCCUCAGAGGAGGAGACCAACCUCAGCAGGAUGGUGAUGAGAUUCUGGGCCAACUUUGCUCGCAAUGGGAACCCCAACGGAGACGGGCUGCCCCACUGGCCAGAAUACGACCAGAAGGAAGGGUACCUGCAGAUCGGUGCCCCCACCCAGGCAGCCGCGGGGCUGAAGGACAAGGAAGUGGCUUUCUGGACUGAGCUCAGGGCCAGGGAGGCAGGAGAGAAACCUCCCCAAGGACAAGACGUGCAGCAGUGACCGGGAGGCUGUGGCAGCCUCAGGAGACGGGAGCAGCUGAGACGGGGGUGUUCUGCAGAAGGUGUCGCGGGCCUCAGAGGCGUCCUAUUUGGGAGGCCUAUUGUGGUGGACUGGGCAAAGACCAGGGAGGCCUUGUGGCCUCAAUUUGUGAAAUAAAUGCC